AUGGACGAGGUUCUGUUAGAGAGUUUGACACUGAAGUUUAGUGAAUUAUUUAAGAACAUUUCAAGUCUGUAGGAAAAGAGAGAGACAGUCUAAGAUGAGAAUGAGCAUUUGAGGCAAUUAAUUUAGGAGGAAUAAGAUUAAUUGGAAAUGAAUUCGGGAGAGUCUUCUGAUGAUGAAACUGCAUUCCAAGAUAUUGAGGAAAAGUGGAAAUAGAAAAUAGAGGAGAAAAAGGAAUCUGAUAUGCAAAUGAAAGAAGAAAAUAAUUUGAAAAGUCAAUUAUACAUGCAUCUUGAAGGUAUCCAAAAUGAAAUCAUAGAAAUGAAAAGUAGUAUCGAAUAGUCAAAGGAAUCGGAAGGGGAUUUACAGUAAAGAAUUGAAGAAACAACUCAAAAAAUAGAUGAUUAUCAAAAUAAAAUACAAAGAGCUGAAUAAAUUAAACUUCAAGUAGAGAAACAAUUAUAGGAACAAAAUGAAAAGUAUUUAUAAGAUAGCGAAAAAGUUAAAGCAGUUCAGGCUGAAGUUAGAAAUCAACUCCAAGCCAAUGCCAUGGGAGACAAGAGACAAAAUGAAUUAGAAAAGAUAAUAUAGAAACAGUGGGAAGAACUAUAAAAAAGAGCAUAAAGAAUACAAGUGUUAUAAAAUAAUAUGAAUAUCAUCUCGGGUAAAAUACAGAAAUCACAGAAGAGUGAACACAUUUACUAAAAAUUAAAGGAUGAAAACACCGUACUCGCCUAAGAAAAUAUUUAAAUCAGAGAAAAAUUGAAUUAGUUAAUUAGUGCAUUGCCAUAGCAUAUGAAGAAGGGCAAUGUGAAGGGCAAAUAAAAAAGUAAGAAAGAAUUCUUGGAACUCUACGAUGAAUCCAUAUGCUCCAAUUAGAUUAAAUUAAGACAUUUAGAACAAAUAAGAGAAGAGCAUCAAUUAAAUAUUAAUAGUUUGCAUAGUGAAAUAAUUCAAUUGGAAGAAAAAUACAAUUAAAUGACUCAAAAUGUGAAAAAUCUACAAGAGUAAUAUCUAGAAAUUGAAUCAUCUUGUAGAGAGUUCAACGAAGAAGAAUAUGUUAAGAAAAAUUGUCCAAAUUAUUAUAAAGUUAAGAAGGGAAAAUGA